UUUCUUUUUAUUUAUAUAGAAUAAAGAAACUUUCAACUUUGAUGGUAAACCCGCACCAAACAAAUGCGAUGUUUUAAAAGGUCCAAUUUUUGAAUCCUGCACCAAACACAUUCCAGUGGAUGAUUAUUAUAAAACAUGCGUUAUAUCAGCACAAAAUCAAGAAAAUACAGAAGACACUGAUAGCAUUUAUUGCGCAAUAUUUGCCACGCUCGCUCAAGAAUGUAUCGAUAUAAAUAAUCCGAUAAAAUGGAGAUCACCAGAUCUUUGUCCAAUUGAUUGUCCUGCUAAAACUACUUAUAGCAGCUGCAUAAAUUUAUGUUCUUGUGAAGAUAUUGAAAAGAAUGGUGUUUGCCCUGAAAAACCAUGCAUUGAAGGAUGCGUUGCAAAGAAAUGUAAUGAAGGAGAAGUAUUUAAAACUAAACAAUUUGACGAAUGCGUCACAAUUAAGGAAUGCUCCAAAAUCAAAUGUAUGAAGGAAUUAGAGAAGAAGGAUGAUGAAAAUUGUAAAUGCGAAGAUGAAAAGAUUGUGUGCACACCUAAAGUGACUGAACCACCGGUUACAAUUCCAAUUACUACAACAACUGAACCAGUGACUAGAGCACCAAUUCAACCGCCAAUUGAAUUACCUACUCAACCACCAACUCAACCUCCAACUCAACCUACAACUCAGCCACCAACUAAACCCAUAAAGAUUGAACCAACUAAAGAACAAAAAGAAUUAUUUAACGUAUUUAAUGACGUCAAAACAACUUUAAAACAUAUAAAAGAGAGUCCCUUAUACGAUUCUUUACCACCGAAAGAAAAAGAGUUGAAUGAAAUGUUUGCCGGUCAUGUUGUUGAAUUUGAAGAUGAAAUAAAUUGUCAACAUAAAAUUGCGGAUGUGCAAAAAUGUAGAUGUAUCAAUAACGAAGAGGUUUGCAAUCACAACAUUAAAAAUCAACAAGAAAAUCAACAUGAAAUAUCUAAUAACUUGGAUUUAAUACUAUUUAUGAAACAACAUUUGAAAUGUGUAGAAGAUGAAUUUAACAACCCCGAAAAUUGCACGUGCAUAAACGGACAAAGAAUAUGCCCUGAAAAAGAAGUUUUAGUAUCAACUACUUCUAGACCAAAACCAAAACUUUAUUAUUACAUAACAAAAUGCGAACGACGAAUUGCUGUUUCGUUGUACAAUGUACAAUUUGCGAAAAAAGGUCAAAAUUGUUAUAAACAAUUGAAAGAAAAUCCAUCGAAUUGUUUCUGCGUGGAUGAGCAAAUGGUGUGUUACCCAAAUACUCCAAAUCCAGAGGAAAAUAUUAGAAUAACUAAAGAUACACCACCAGAAGUUUACAACGAAUACCUUAAUGAUGCUAAAAUCCAAUUACAAUGUCAAGCUAGAAUCGCUAAUCGACAAGAAACAUGUUGGUGUGAAAAAGGAAAAGAAGUUUGCGAGAAGAGACCUCAACCAAUUCCCGAACGUGAUAAUUACGAAAUAAUCAACGAAUACAAGGAAUCAACAAUUAACAGAAAUGAAAUUUACGACCAAUUUCAUAAAGGUCUCGAGUGUACCGAAGAUUUGGGCGAGGACAGUCAAGUUUGCACUUGUAUAAAUGGUGAAAAAGAAUGCUUUGAUAUGGAUUUCGAAACACCAACGGAAGUAGAACCAUCCGAUGAUGGUGAUACAGAUAACAUAAAUCCAUCACAAAAAAUAAUAACGUUAAUUACGGAAACAGAGCCAAAAAUUGUAUGUUUAAGAAAGAAAAAUUUAGGACCGAAUUGCCGUACAUAUAAAAUGAGUCACGUGAAACCGACUCAAGAAGAUGUUACGCAAUUAAACGUUUACCAUCAAUACAUUCGCCACAUCAACGAACAAUUAAAUUGUUUAACAAAUAAACCAUCUUAUUGUCUUUGUGUUAACGGUAAACAAGAAUGUUCGUUUAAAGAAUUUAAUAUCAGAGAUAUUAAAGAAAAAGAAAGGAAUCAAAUAAUUAUUUAUACCACAUUUUUGGAACACAUCAACGCCCAAAUGGAAUGUUUAUCGCGAUUAAAUAGAGAAUCAUCAGGUUGUUUCUGCGAUAAUGGCCAACAAAAAUGCGAAAAGGAUAAAAAUUAUGUGAUUUAUCCGUUGUUUGAUAAUCAUGUUCUUGAAGAGUACGAUGUUGACAAAAAAUUCACCGAAAUAGAAAAUCAAUUGGAAUGUUUCAACGCGUUAAAAUCAAUAUCGAUGAAAUGUUCUUGUAGAAAUGGAGCUAUGGAAUGUGAACCGGAUGAGGAUUUACGAAAACCGGAACCAAAUGAUGAACUUGCUAAAGUAAAACGAAACAUCCCCGAGCAAUUAAAAACAAUUAAAACAAUCGAGAGAAAAAUGUACUGCAUCAUUAAUAAUGGUGCUCCAAGACCUUGUGGGCGAGUUUUUUCACCACAAAAAGUCGUACCAGUUAUAUCACAAGAUGAUAAACAAUUAUUAAAGGUUUAUGGCAAUUACUUUGAUCACAUAGAACUCCAACUAUCAUGCUUUGCAAAUAUAACUAGUCCUAAUUGCAUGUGUUCUAAUGGAAAAUUAGUAUGUGGGAUUGAAAUUGAAAACAUGAAUGAACGAAGAACUAAGGUUGCCAACACUCUCCAAAUUUACGCACUCUUUAUAAAUUACGUCGAAUCUCAAUUAAAUUGCGUCGAAUCUUUAGGUGAUAAUCAAUUUGCUUGUAAUUGUGGGAUAGAAAAAAUGUGUGGAGAAAACCCGCGUCGAAAUAAACUUGUUUCACUUGUUGAUGCCACAAUUUAUAAUAACCGAAAUAUUAAUUCGCAACUUAAAUGUUUAUCAGAAUUGAAUAACAGAAAUGAUCGUCAGUGUUACUGCUCAAAUGGAUUAAUGAUUUGUGAUGAACAAUUUGAAAGAAGAUGCCCGGAAAUUAAAUGCCCGAAAAAUUCAAAACUUGUUAAAAAAUGCGCCGAGUGUUGUCCAGAAUGCGAAACUGAACAUUGCCUUGUACCAACAACUUUAAGAAAUGGUACAAUAAAAUUAAUCCCGAAACAGCUUGAUGAAUCGUGGAUGGAAAAUAUCUGCAAAGAAUGUUACUGCAAAAAAGACGAUAUCGGAACGUACACACAAUGCAUACAAUACAUUUGUCCGGUUCUAAACAGUCAAGAUAUACUUUAUAAAUACGUAAAGGAAGAAGGAAAAUGUUGCCCGCAACCGGUACAAAUUGGAUGUAAACAUAAUGAGAGAUCAUAUCCAUUAGGAUCAAUAAUUUCAAAAACAUUGUGUGAGACAUUAUCGUGUGUUAAAAAUCGUCAUGGAGAUAUUGUAAAACAAAUACAUAAAACAAUUUGUUCUCCAUGUCCUAAGGGUUUCAAUUACACUCCAUCGACUACUCAUUGUUGCGGAGAAUGUACUGCAAUGGGUUGUAUGUAUAACAACGAAAUUAAACAAUUAGGAGAUGUUUGGUAUACUGAAGAUAAAUGUUAUAAAGUGAUAUGUACUCAAGUAAAUGGUAGAUGGAUAUUAUCAAGACAACGUAAAAUAUGUCGCCCAAUCCGUAACUGUAAUGGAAUCAUAGAAAAACGCGAAUGUUGCAAUUAUUGUAACACUUCAGUUCUUUAAUAUUUUAGUACUAUAAUAAUUGUGAAGAAAAAGUGUAUUCAAAUUUUAUUUUAAAUAAAUAUGUAUUAAUUUUGUAGCAUCAA